UGAAAAACUCAUUCCAGCGUUUCUACUAAGGAAGGAACUUGUUGGAAUUCACACUCCGUAAAUUCUUUAUUAUUGCUACUCUCGAAUAGACACUCGAUCUCAACCGGAUCAUAAUACACUUCUGGAUACAGUACUUCAGGUUCACUCUCUGUUUAUAGGACUUACUGCUAAACCGACUCCAUCGAGUGAAGACUUAAACAACACUGAAAAUGGGCAACGUCAAUCAACAAAUGGCCACUCCUGCCAAUGGGGAAUUCUCUGCUGAAGAUGAGUACCCAGACCUCAGCCAGCACAACAACCAUAUGUCUAAAGUUCUUACUUUGGAAAUGUACAAGAAGCUUCGUGGGCGUUCCACUGCCAGCGGUUUCACCAUAGAUAAAGUCAUUCAGACUGGUGUAGAUAAUCCUGGUCACCCCUUCAUUAUGACUGUGGGCUGUGUGGCGGGAGAUGAGGAGACCUACGAGGUGUUUAAGGAGCUGCUAGACCCCAUCAUUCAGGACCGUCAUGGUGGAUACAAACCCACUGAUAAACAUAAAACUGAUCUGAAACCAGCCAACCUCAAGGGUGGGGAUGAUCUGGAUCCCAACUAUGUGCUGAGUUCUCGUGUGCGAACAGGCAGGAGCAUCCAUGGGUUUUGCCUGCCACCACACUGCAGUCGUGGUGAGAGAAGAGCAGUUGAAAAACUCUCAGUGGAAGCUUUAGGUGCCCUGGAUGGAGAUCUAAAAGGGAAAUAUUAUGCUCUGAAUAAUAUGACCGAAGAAGAACAGCAGCAGCUGAUUGAUGACCACUUCCUGUUUGACAAGCCUGUUUCACCCCUGCUGUUGGCCUCUGGAAUGGCUCGUGAUUGGCCAGAUGCCAGGGGUAUAUGGCACAAUGACAACAAGACAUUCCUUGUGUGGGUGAAUGAGGAGGAUCACUUGCGUGUCAUCUCCAUGCAGAAAGGUGGCAACAUGAAGGAAGUGUUUAACCGUUUCUGCACAGGCCUCACCAAAAUUGAGGAGCUGUUCAAAAACAAGGGCCAUUCAUUCAUGUGGAAUAAGCAUUUGGGCUACAUCCUCACCUGCCCAUCCAACCUGGGUACAGGGCUGCGUGCAGGUGUGCACGUCAAACUCCCCCAUCUGAGUAAGCACAAAGGGUUUGAGGAGGCACUGAAGAGGUUACGCCUGCAGAAGCGUGGAACAGGUGGUGUGGACACUGCUGCAGUGGGGGGUGUGUUUGACAUCUCUAAUGCUGACCGGCUGGGCUUCUCUGAGGUGGAACUUGUUCAGAUGGUGGUAGAUGGAGUCAAGCUGUUGAUCGAGAUGGAGAAGAAACUGGAGAAGGGUCAAUCCAUUGAUGAACUCAUGCCUGUUCAGAAGUAAAUCCAGCAAUAGUCUUCUACCUCACUCAUCCAAGAUGGUCUUUUUUAUCCCCCUGCCACAUUCCACUCCUGAGAUGAAGUAAAAAAUUGUAUUUUAUUUAAGACUCCUGUAAUAUGGUGAUAAGAAUUAAACAUUCUACCAGUUCA